UUGGGCACAACAUAAUUUCGUUGAACAUGACAAGGUCAGAUAAGAGAGGGUUUGACGAUGACGGACAAAGGGAGACCAAGUCAACCCCAAAAUGAGGAAGAAUCUUUGCAACAUGUCCUCCUCCAUUUGUAUAUAUAUAUAAUAUAUAUACAUAUAGGAUUGAUGGAAAGCAUAAACAUUUGACAUUGAUUAUUGUGAUUGGUGAUGGAGAAGGAAGUGGGUAUGCAGGAUGGAAGAGGGAAAAGAGUGGUUGUCAUUGGUGGCGGAAUUGCCGGCUCUUUGAUUGCUAAAACCCUUCAAUUCCAUUCCAAUCUUACUUUAAUCGAUCCGAAGGAAUAUUUAGAGAUUCCAUGGGCAAGCUUAAGAGGUAUGGUGGAACCGACUUUUGCAGAAAGGUCAUUAAUCCAACAUAAACACUACCUAACGGGCUCCCGUACCAUUGUGUCCCAUGCUGUCGACAUAAGGGACUGUGAAGUCCUUACUUCCGAGGGUCGGUUGGUCCCCUAUGACUAUCUUGUUAUUGCUACUGGUCAUGGAGAUCUAGUACCAAAAACUAGAGCUGAGAGACUUAAACAAUACCUAGCAGAAAACGAAAAAAUUAAAGCAGCUGAAUCAGUUUUAAUCAUUGGAGGUGGACCUACUGGAGUAGAACUCGCAGGAGAAAUUGCAGUUGAUUUUCCGGAAAAGAAGGUAACUUUAGUGCAUAAAGGAUACCGGUUGCUGGAAUUUCUUGGACCAAAAGCGUCUAAGAAGACGCUAGAUUGGCUAAUAUCAAGGCAUGUUGAAGUAAAACUGGAGCAAACUGUAAAUUUGGAGGAUAUCGAAGAUGGGAGCAAACUCUAUAAAACUUCAGCCGGUGAAACUAUCAAAGCAGAUUGCCAUUUCUUGUGCACAGGGAAGCCAUUAGCCUCGUCAUGGCUUAAGGGUACUAUUCUUAGGGAUAGCUUGGAUGAUAAUAGGAGUUUGAUUGUUGAUGAAAAUUUGAGAGUAAAGGGGCGCAAAAAUAUCUUUGCCAUUGGAGAUAUUACGAACAUCAAGGAAAUAAAGCAAGGUUAUUUUGCUAAAAAGCAUGCAUCAGUUGCAGCCAAAAACUUAAAACUGUUGUUGGGUGGAGGGGAUGAAAGCAAGAUGUCAACAUACAAGUUGAGUUCAUCUAAAGUAAUUGUUUCACUGGGAAGACAUGAUGCAGUUGCUCAGUUACCUCUUACUACAAUGAUCGGACUAAUCCCUGGCUUAAUUAAAUCCAAAGACCUAUUUGUUGGGAAAACAAGAAAAGAAUUGGAUGUUGAUUCUCAUGUCGUUCGCAAAUGAAGAUUCUGUCAGCUAAUUUAUUUUGUUUGUCUAUGAAGAUGAAAUGGUUGGAGAUUGUACACCACCUAUUUUUUUUGUGUAAUUAUUAAUCACUGGAUUUGCAAUAUUGUAUAUGAAUACGAUGAUAUCAAUAUUUUAUUUUAUUGUAAUUGGCGGCUCAAUGAAAUUUCAACAUUUUCAUU